AUGCUGGGCGGCAGCAUGUCCAAUGCCGACGAAGACGAGGUGGAAGACGAGCUGGCGGCGCUGGAGGCCGAGAUGGCGCCCACACGGCCAGCCCAGGUCGUGCUUCCCAACGCACCAGACACACAGCCGGUGGUGGCACAAGACCCGAUCGUGGCUAACGAGAACGCCGGCACAGAAGAGCCGCAGACAGAGCGGCGACAGCUGGUGCCAGCGUGA